CCAUAAAUCUGCGUCGCGCAUGUUUGUUAUGAUUCGACUGAUCAUGGCAUUUAAGACUGACUGACCCUCCUGUGUACAGACUUUUAAACUUGGAAAUUGGGGCUCCUCAAUCAGCUCCCAUGUGACACACUAUUAUAAAGAUGGCAUUUAUUAAAGAGGAGAGUGAGGACGUGAAGAUUGAAGGUCUGAGGAUUGCAGAAGUGUUCACUCUGAAACACGAAGAUCCUGAGGAACAAACAGGCGUGAUGGCAGUGAAAAUGGAGACUGAAGUAAAGAAUGAAAUGGAAGAGACAAAUCAGUGUAAGAAUCCUGAUCUUAUAACUGGCGAAAAAAUAUUUUGUUUACAACCCGACAGGGCUUCAUGGGCUAAAGUUAAAAAGACAGCAAGUAGAAGUUACUUCAUCUGCCAACAGUGUGGAAAGAGUUUCAAGGAACCUGGAAAGCUUAAAGUCCACACAAGAAUUCACAACGGAGAGAAGCCUUACUCUUGUCAACAUUGCGGAAAGUGUUUCGAUAAAAAAGGGAACUUAACAGUUCACAUGAGAAUUCACACUGGAGAGAAGCCUUACUCUUGUCAACAUUGUGGAAAGAGUUUUAGUCAAAAGGUAUUUCUGACGGCCCACCUGAGAACUCACACUGGAGAAAAACUUUGCACCUGCCCACAGUGUGGAAAGAGUUUCAAUAUGCUCGGAGAUCUUAAAGUCCACAUGAGAAUUCACACAGGGGAGAAGCCUUACGCUUGUCAACAUUGCGGAAAGUGUUUCAACAAACAAGGAAACCUCACUAUACACAUGAGAAUUCACACAGGAGAGAAGCCUUACGCUUGUCAGCAUUGCGGAAAGUGUUUCAAUAAAAAAGGAAACCUCACUGUACAUAUGAGAGUUCACACUGGAGAGAAGCCUUACGCUUGUGAACAUUGUGAUAAUAGUUUUAGUCAAAAGGUUUUUCUGACAGCCCACUUGAAAACUCACACUGGAGAAAACUCUUACACCUGCCAACAGUGUGGAAAGUGUUUCAGGGCAUUUGGGAAGUUUAACGUCCACAUGAGAAUUCACACUGGAGAGAGGCCUUACUCUUGUCAACGUUGCGAAAAGAGUUUCAUUUCUAAAGGAAACCUGACAGUACAUAUGAGAACUCACUCUGGAGAAAACUCUUAGACCUGCCAACAGUUGGGAAAAGUUUAAGGUAUUUGGCAAGCUUAACGUCCAAAUGAGAAUUCUCACUGGAGAAAGGCCUUACUCUUGGCAACUUUGCGAAAAGAGUUUCAUUACGAAAGGAAAUCUGACAGUUUAUAUGAGAACUCACUCUGGAGAAAACUCUUAGACCUGCCAACAGUUGGGAAAAGUUUAAGGUAUUUGGCAAGCUUAAAGUCCACAUGAGAAUUCACAAUAGAGAGAGGCCUUACUCUUGCCAACAUUGCGAAAAGAGUUUCAUUAUGAAAGUAAAUCUGACAGUACAUAUGAGAACUCACUCUGGAGAAAACUCUUAGAACUGCCAACAGUUGGGAAAGAGUUUCAAGGUAUUUGGAAAGCUUAACGUCAAGAUGAGAAUUCACACUGGAGAGGCCUUACUCUUGCCAACUUUGCGGAAAGAGUUUCAUUACGAAAGGAAACCUUUCAGUACAUAUGAGAACUCACUCUGGAGAAAACUCUUAGAACUGCCAACAGUUGGGAAAGAGUUUCAAGGUAUUUGGAAAGCUUAACAUCAAGAUGAGAAUUCACACUGGAGAGAGGCCUUACUCUUGCCAACAUUGUGAAAAGAGUUUCAUUUCGAAAGGAAACCUUUCAGUACAUAUGAGGACUCACUCUGGAGAAAACCCUUAGACCUGCCAACAGCGUAGAAAGAGUUUCAAGGCAUUUGCAAAGCUUAAGUCCACAUGAGAAUUCCCACUGGAGAGAGGUCUUACUCUUGCCAACAUUGCGAAAAGAGUUUCAUUAUGAAAGGAAACUUGACAGUACAUAUGAAAACUCACUCUAGAGAAAACCCUUAGACCUGCCGACAGUUGGGAAAGAGUUUCAAGGUAUUUGGAAAGCUUAACGUCAAAAUGAGAAUUCACACUGAAGAGAGAGAAAGGCCCUACUCUUGCCAACAUUGUGGAAAGAGUUUCAUAACGAAAGGAAACCUCGCAGUACAUAUGAGAACUCAUUCUGGAGAAAAUCCUUAGACUUGCCAACAGUUGGGAAAGAGUUUCAAGGUAUUUGGAAAGCUUAAAGUCCACAUGAGAAUUCACACUGGAGGGGAGCCUUGCUCUUGUCAACAUUGCGAAAAGAGUUGUAGACUAUAUUGCAACUGAGAAAGUAAAGAUGUGUAUCUUCACCUUUA